AUGUCGGGACUCGACGUAGAGGCUCUCCUCGAGUCUACUGCCGCUCCUGCCGAAACUCCUGCUACCAAAUCAGAAGAACGCGAUGAUCGCUCUCCCGCGGACCCCUCCGAACGCCGGGAUCGUGAUCGUUCCCGGGAAAGACGCCGACGCCGUGACCGUAGCCGCGACCGCCGCCGAGAUGUUGAUGGCGACGAGGAAAUGAAGAGCCCGCGCAGCGAACAUGGCAGUGCUAACGGAAGCCAUAGAAGCCGGAAGAGAAGCCGGAGUCGGGAGAGUGAACGGCGACGCUCGCGUCGUGAUCGUGAUGACCACCGCUCCAGUGGUGACUUCUAUCGUGGCCCAGGACGUGCCCGCUCGCGCUCACCCUACGAUGAUCGCCACUACCGUCCCUCCCGACGAGAGCGUGAAGAAGAGAGACGUCCCCGGCGUGAUCGCGAAGGUGGCCGUCGUCGCAGCCCUAGCCGUCGUAGUCCCAGCAAAUCCCCCGAGCUAAACGAGGAUGAGCGGGAUAAGCGGACUAUCUUUGUCCAGCAACUGGCCGCACGACUGAGGACCAAAGAGCUAAUGGCCUUUUUCGAACAAGCCGGCCCUGUGAAAGAAGCUCAGAUUGUCAAGGAUCGGGUGAGCGGACGAUCCAAAGGUGUCGGUUAUGUCGAGUUCAAAAGCGAAGAGUCCGUGCCGGCUGCCAUUCAACUUACCGGCCAGAAGCUUCUAGGCAUUCCCAUCAUUGCGCAGCUCACCGAAGCCGAGAAGAACCGCCAAGCUCGUAACCCCGAGGCUAGCUCGGGUCCAUCACACUCCGCGCCGUUUCACCGGCUCUAUGUGGGUAAUGUUCAUUUCAGCAUUACUGAGAAUGAUCUCCAGAAUGUCUUCGAACCGUUUGGCGAACUCGAGUUUGUCCAAUUGCAGAAGGAUGAGACUGGCCGAAGCAAAGGUUACGCAUUUGUGCAGUUCCGGGAUCCCAACCAAGCUCGGGAGGCCUUGGAGAAGAUGAAUGGAUUCGAUCUCGCUGGUCGGGCUAUCCGAGUGGGCCUUGGCAACGAUAAGUUCACCCCCGAUUCGAACGCGAAUCGUCAACAGGGCCCAUCUGCAAACCAACCGAAUUUCCAGGGCUCCUCAUUUUCCGGCCAUGGAGGCCGUGGUGUUCAGGCUGGCGGCACUAGCAACUUCGACCGUGCCGGCGGAGGCCGUGAAAACGACAAGGGCACCGGUGCCAGUGCUCUCGAUGACACAGACGUUGCGGGUGUGAACUUCAACAAUUACAGUAGGGACGCGUUGAUGAGGAAGCUUGCACGAACAGAUGAACCCGAGCCUUCAGCCGACGAACAACAGAAGAUACUUCGACCCAAGACCGAGACCAAGCCUCUGCCUGUCAAUGUGAACAUGGCCAGUCGCUGUGUCAUGCUUCGCAACAUGUUCGACUCCAACGAAGAAACCGGCGAAGCUUGGAUUAAGGAGCUCGAGGAUGACGUCCGGCAAGAGUGCGAGGAUAAAUAUGGCCAUGUUGUUCACAUCUCGCUAGAUCCGAAUUCUCAAGGCGACAUCUACCUGAAGUUCGACCGCGUCCAAGGUGGCGAGAAUGCCAUCAAGGGCUUGAAUGGACGUUUCUUUGGCGGCAAGCGGAUCACCGCUCAACCCGUGGUGGACGCAGUCUACAGCAGUCUGUUCACUCGCACCAAGGCUAUUUGA